CAGCCUAAAGAUACCAUGAGUCAUAAUAAUGGCGAUGAUAAUAGUGAUAGCGAAGAUCAUGACACUUAUGAAAAUAAUUUAGCUGGCAACAGUGAAGUUUUUAUUACCUUCCAUGUUCAUAUGCCGGAAAAACUUGAUAAAUCUAUGCAUCCUUUGGUGGUUGGCAAUAUUAAAGAGUUAGGAAAUUGGAGGCAGCCGGUCGUAAAAUUACGCCAAAUUGAUGCCAAUUCUACUUAUUGGGUUUCAGAUCCAGUCAAAAUUUACUUAAGGGAAGGUAAAUUACAGUACAAAUACGCAGUUCAUCGACCGAGUGAAAAUCAAAGUUAUUUUUCUAGAACUAUAAAUUACGUUCUGGGUGAUCAAACAAUUAUAAUGGAAGGUAAUUCAGAAAAAGACAACCGUGAAUUGUCAUAUAGUGAAAACCAAUAUGAUGUAUGGAAAACAAACAAUAAUGAAAAGCUUUAUAGUCCAAAACUUAAUGAGGAUUUUAGAUUUGUUACUGUAAUAUAUGAAUCUGUGACUUUAGAAAAUUUGAAAGAAAAAGUUAUGGAAUUUCAAACGCUUUUGAAAUUUCAUAAAGAACCGACCGUUCGAGCAAUUAAUAUAAAUUCAAUUCUCAAUUAUUUUUUAAACGCAAGUAAUAAUUAUCAGAAGAUCUUAACCUGCGUCAUGUUAGCUUAUCAUAUCGAGACUGUUCAAAAAAAGACCAAUGCUCACAUAAAAUUGCAAGAAAAUUUUCCUUCUGCUAAAUUCUUACAAGUGCUACAAGAAGUUCAAACAGACAGCUUUCUACCUUCAAACGCCAAAAGAACAUUUACUUUGGUAACUUCAGCUUUAGUCCGACAUAAUUCAUCAAAACGCGAUUCAUUUGAUUGGAUGAAAAUCUUUUCUGUUGCACCUCUUCUUGAUUCAAACUAUACUUUUUUAUCUCAAAUUAAAAAACAUGAAUAUAAAAAUAAAAAUGACAUACAGAAUUUUUAUAAUUUACUCCAAAGGAACGUAAAACCAUAUGUUGAUAAAAUUAAUAAUCCAUUAAAUUACCGAAAGGUUAUAAAGACUAUUAUCACGAUUUCUUUUUUCGGAAUGGAUUCAUGUGAUUUUCUAAUUAACAAAAUUAUCGGAAAAAACGUAGAUCCUGAGAUUAGUGACUUCUUGCGUGAUGAUUAUAUUAGCAAAAAUGUUGAUUCAGAUAAUCCAUGCGAAUUAGAAGAGCACUUUAAAUCCCUUACCAAAGAACUUUGUGAUGUAUGUUCACCUGCUUUUUGCAACAAAUUUAUUAAACUUAUUUGCGACAAUGGAUCAACAUGGAAUUCCAAAUACCUGGAUUCAUUAUAUAGGCUGUUUCCCCAAUUAUUUACCACAGAGCCAGAAAUUUUGCAUAUAUUAGAAUUGGUUUCAAAGUCGAAAAGUAUUGAUUUGUUACAGGCAUUUCCAAAAUGGUUAAAAUUCUGUUUAAAUUCGGGAGAUAAUAAACAAUUAUUACCAAAGAAAAUUUCACAUCUCUGUGUAACAUGGUACACAGCCAUAACCUCCACCACCCAAAAGGAAAAAAGUAACAUUAUAAUUUUCAUGUAUCAACAACUUUCGGCUAUUUCAUUUGUUUUCAAAAAACGAUCCGAUAUUUAUAAACAACAAUUAGCAAAGAUCAUUGAAACGAGAAUCGCCAAUAUAUCAACACAAUGGUUACUUCAAUCAACAUCAAGUGUUGGCAACUUCAACCUUGAGCAAUAUAUUCUUAAUGAUUUCAUCAAAAUCAUUAAAGAAAAACUAAAACCGCAUAUUAGUACUACUGACGAUGUGCUAAUUAAAACUAUCGUUCAGAUAUGCGAUUCAUCAAUCCAACCCUUGAAUGUCCCUAACCGGUUAUGUGAAAUUACGAUCUGUUAUAUAUUGGAUGUAGUUCGUAACAAAGCAAUAACAUCUGGUGAUAUUAGUAAUGAUGAACGGCAAUUAUCAUUGCUCAAAACUUCUAAAUUUUGGUCAUUUUUAUUAAAUGCUACUGGUGAAGUGAAUGAGCUUCAAGAACAUCCACAAAUGAAACAUGCUCGUUCUCAGGUUAUUCAACUUGUUGAAACAAUCAAAAAUAAAUCAAUUAAAAUGGGAUUACUUGAAUCGUUAACUGAGUUGAUGAAUGACGAAUUGAUCAGCUAUUUUAAUUCAGGUGUUGGAUUUGAUGAUGAGAUUACUGAUGGGAUGUUAGAUUUUCUUCGAGAAAAGUCGCAAGAACAUUCAGAGAUUGCUAAACAUUUAUUUUCUUUCUACUAUAAAUGGUGCAAUAAUACUGAUGAUUUUCAUUAUUACUUGGACGAUCUUACCGAUAAGAUGGAGUCAUUAAAAGAUGUAUCACUUGAUGAAUUUGCUUCUCAAGAUUAUUGGUUGCCACAUAAAGUGAUUAUUGAAAUUAGUCAAAAGAUUUAUCAAUACAAAGAUUCCCAAACUUUUGCAAAUAUGGUCAAAAAUAACGUGAAAGAUGAAGACUUACAAUCAAGUGUGUUGAAUGUGGCCAAAACUUUUAUGGAAACUGUGAUUGAACAAUAUCAAAAAACUUGUUAUAGUUAUAAAAAUUGGCAGAAUAUUAACUGUUCUGAAGCACGGGUCUUUUGGAAAGAUAUUGCUAAAGAACAAGUUAGGCAUGAACUUGAAAUAAUGACUGGUGACACUUCAUUGUAUCAACGAUGUCAAGGGCAGGAUAAUCUGAUUGUUUCUAUAGAAUACUUGGCUCUUAUUCCAACUUACGUCACGCACCUUAAUUGUCUUAAGCAAGUUCUUACCCGAUUUAAAGUAAGGGAUGCUGAUAAAGGUUGGGUAACUGAACUAUUAAAAGAUUUAGAAAAUGAUAACAUGAAAUUAGAUAUGCUGCCCGAUAUUUUUCGAAAGCUUAAUAGGCAUUUUAAUGAACUUAAUGAGAGCACUUGGUCUGUGAUUAAAGAACUUAAUUUUGCCGAUGAAUUUAUUAAGUAUUUACUUGAGAAUUUAAUUGGAAGAGACUUAACAAAUCUUAUCAAUGCUGUCGAUGAUCAGUCGGACACAAAGCUAUUACAAGAGAACACUGUAGCCGCCUUAAUCGAAGUUAACAAAGCAUUGAAUCCGUUAAAUGAGAAUGCCGCAAGAUUAUCGACUACUUCAUUUUUAAAAUGUUUGUCUGAAGUAUCACAAAAAAGUUCAUCCCUUUCUGAAAAAAUAAGUUCUUGCGGAUCGCAUAAUUUGGCUUUACAGAAUAUGCAUCGUAAUAUAGCGAAACGAGGUGAAGUUACUAAGGAACGAAUUAAAAAUGCUGCAACAAUUGGUCUUUAUAAAUUUAAACAUAACGAACUAUCGAAUACAUGUGAGCUUACAUUGAAUUAUGAUACGACACAAAAUCAAAAUAAUGAUGCACCUUGUGUUGCAGCAUCUUAUAAUAUAGCGGAAUUACACGAUCUCUGUGGUCGUGCACUUUUAAUUGGAAAAUCUAAAGCCUCCACUAAUCAUUCAGUUGAUGAUGAUGGUACUGAAGAUAUCAGCGUACUAAUGAAUCAAUUUAUUAUGCAAGUUGAUUUAGCACAGCAAAUUGCCACUGUAGCUUCAAGAUUGAUUCAGUAUGGCCAUUUUCUUUACCAAAAGGUGCACGAAGAAGCUCAUGGAACCCUCGACCUGCAACAAUUGUUGGAUAAAUUAACUAAUGACAUGGAAAAAUGGGAAAAAAUAGUUGAUCAAGCACAAAAUGAACAUUAUUAUUUAACUUUCUUUUCUGCGCGUCAUAUUCUAGCCUUUUAUGAUUAUUUUAAAAGUAUUGAUCAUGCACAUAAUGAUGAAAAUGAUAAUUUCCAUGCAUCUAAUAGAGAAAUUUGUCAAAAUCUUGUUCGGUUCGUUAAUGACAAAGCUGAAUUACCUCAAUUACCCAAUUGGACUGGAAGAUGGCCAAAUGUUCAAAGUGAGGCUGAUUUUUUACCGACUCUUCGUAAAAUUGGUGCUACACUUCAUGACAUUUUCACCGAUAUUCCACAACGAAUUCGACCCAUUCCCGAUGACGUUGAACCGGUUAUUGCUGAUACAGUUUUUAAAGGAAAAAUUUUUGUUGCAGAUUGCCACUCUCACUCUUUGGUUCCAAAUGUCAUUUUAUCCCUUUUUACAAAUCAUCGGUCUUUUCCUGAACCAUGGCAAAUUCUAAUUUGUCGAAGUACGACUACUGCGGAGGAGAUUUCGCUUUUUAUAAAACGUUCAUUCAUUGCUGCGAAAAAUGGUUAUCAAGACUACUUAUUUUGCAUUGCAAAUGUCGAGUUCUUAGAUUUCGAAUUACAAUAUAAUCUAGUUAAAACAAUCCGCACUUUUCAACAAGAAGAAACAAAUUAUCUUUUGGCUUUGGUUUGUACUCGAGAAAAGGCCAUGAAUCAUCACAUAUUAGAUCAAUUUUCUGAAAAUAUUCAUCCUACUAAUGGUCUUGAUUCGGAGUCUAUGGGAAUUUUAUAUUCUGUAAUUUGUGAUCAUGCUAUGUGCGUGACUUCGAAUAUGUCUGGGCAAGGCAAAACAGAAUGGAUUAAAGAAUCGAGCUUUAAACUCGGAAAAGCUCCACGUACUUUAUUAAUCAGUGAUAACGUAAAUUUUGGGACAUUAGUUCAGCAAUUGGCUAAUUGUAAAUUGAGUGCCUUUGAAAGUUUACAUCUUGAUAUUACUCUGGUAACAUAUCCUCAUGAAAUUAAUUUCUUUCUGUUCGAAUUAUUAACACUCGGCGUAGUUUCCAAUGAAUUAGAUAUAGUCUAUUUGUCUCAAACUUUAAUAUUUAUUGAAAUCGCGUCAACAAUUGAGCAAUAUUUGUUUGACUCGCUUUCUUUAACUAAAUUCAUACGUAGACAACAUAUUGAAUGGAGUUUAGAAAAUUUUAUAGUACCUCGUCAUUUAAAUAGCCCAAUUCAAAUUGUCUCAUAUUAUAUGGAUGUACAUUCUCGUGGCGCUCUUGAUGACACAAAUUUUCGUUUUAUAGGGAGCGAGGCAGUCAAAGAACCAUUGCCGGCUGAACGUUGUCGUGAAUUAUUAGAACAUUAUUUUUUUAGUGACCAAUUAGACAAUGUCUUUUCUUAUCGAUUCCUGGAAAUUUUUGUUAAUGUACUAGCCGAUCAAUUAAUUCGAUUAUCUGCUAGUUCUUUCUUUCAAGUUGAACAAUUACGUGUAAUGACUCAAGAAACAAAUGUUCGUUCAUCGCUUUUUGAUAUAUUGGUUUCUUGUUCUAAAGAAUUUGCUACACGAGCGAUUAAAGCCAAGAAUAUGCAAAAAGAAAACAUUAAAAAAGAAAAUAAUCAAGAUAUUGAUACUGCACGACUUGGAAAUAUAAUUCAUUGGGAUGAUUCUAAUCAUCUUGUUGUUGUGUUUUUGUCACAAAUGCCAGAUUCUAUAUGUGCUCUUUAUAGAGAAAAAAGUAAAGUACCUGGUAAUGUCGAAAAUUUAUUAAAAAGUCAAAACGCUGAAUUGCAGGAUUAUUAUAAAAUGAGCCCAGAAAUGUUGUUGGAACAACUAGAACGACUUGCAAGAAGAAAAAUGCACAAGUUAAAAGAUUUACCUGAAUACGCGUUAACAAUAGAGAACCUCUUAAAAAUGGCAAUGAUUUUAUUAAGAUCACGUGCAAAUAUUCCGGUAGUCUGUUCUGGGGAAGCUGGUUGUGGCAAGACUAGUUUAAUCAGUUUCUUGUCAAUGGUCAUGGAAGUCAAUUUUCGAGCAUUAAAUCUUCAUGCGGGAGUUCAUGUGAAUGAUAUUCUAGAUUUUAUGGAAAAGGCCACAACACUCGCGCUAGAAGGUGAAACUUGGAUUUUCUUUGAUGAAAUAAAUACUUGUGACCACAUUGGAAUGCUUGGAAGUUUGAUUUCACACAGACUUCUUAAUGGAAAGAAAAUACAUCCUAAUAUUAGGUUAUUUGCUGCCUGCAAUCCUUACCGAUUAAGAACUAAGGCACAAAGUAAUGUAGGUUUAUCAGCAAAACUAUACGAAGAAAAAGGUAGAUUGGUUUACCAAGUACAUCCGAUGCCUGAUCAAAUAUUAGACUACGUCUGGGACUAUGGUCAUCUCAAAGCAGACGAUGAGCGAAAUUAUGUGAAGAUUAUGGUGAAAACUCAGUUAAACCAUCCAUUUUUUGCCGAAUUAUUAUGCGCGUCACAAGCAUUUAUUCGUAAAGUUGAGGAGCCAUUUAGCGUUAGUUUAAGAGAUGUGAAACGUGCUAUCAAGCUUUUCAAGUUCUUUAAGAAGAAUUUUAGUAAAAUUAAUUACGCACAAAAUAAUAGCAAAAUAAUAUCUCCUGAAACUCGUUCAUUGGUAUUGGCACUUGGUUUAUGUUACCUUUUUAGACUCCAUGACCACUCAGAACGCAAAGAAUACCGAAAAGAAAUGAUUGGUAUCAUAGAAAAGUAUGAAAAAAUUGAUGAAACUCGAUACAGAAACCAACGAUCUAGAGAUUUUUUUGAAAAUAUUAUUUCACAUGAACAAGAAAAUUAUUUUAAACAUAUGCGGUGUCCCGAAGGAACUGCUGCAAAUGAAGCUCUUUUAGAAAAUCUUCUUGUAAUAAUUGUUUGUAUACAAACACGAAUACCAGUUUUCAUAAUUGGUGCACCAGGAAGUUCAAAAUCUUUAGCAGUUCGUAUUAUUAGUAUGAAUCUUCGAGGAACAGAUUCAAAUGAUUCUUACUUUCAGACCUUGCCUCAAGUCUAUAUGAUACCUUAUCAAGGUUCAAGUUCGUCAACUUCUGAAGGGAUUUCGAAAGUUUUUCAAACUGCUCAAAAUUACCAACAAACGAGUUCAAAGGAAAAUCCUGUUACAGCUGUUGUUCUUUUGGACGAAGUUGGUCUUGCGGAGACCAGCCCAUAUAAUCCAUUAAAAGUACUCCACGCCUUAUUGGAGCCACCUCUUGGUUCUCAGAGUAGUGAACCGGCAGUUCCUUUUAUUGGAAUCAGCAAUUGGAGAUUGGACAAUAGUAAAUCCAGUCGUGCAUUAUUAGUUCAACGUCCUCUUUUUGCAGAAAAUGAUCUGAUUGAUACCGCAAAACGUUUGCUUGGGAAUGAUAUUAAAGGAAUUUAUCAUAUUGAUGAUUUUUUGAGAAAACUUGCAAAAUCAUAUCUUGAGUAUAUUAAAAAUCAAAAAUAUCCAAAUUUUCAUGGUCUUCGGGAUUAUUAUUCUUUAGUAAAGAGCAUAAGAAGCAUGAAGAACAAGCAGGAGCCAAAUAUUCAAUUAGCUCUUGCUCGAAACUUCGGAGGAGCUGAUAACAUGGAUGAAUUAUGUAACACGUAUUUUAAACCAGUUUUGAAGCAGUCUCAUAGAUACAGAUUCGAAUAUAUUCCAAUUCCUGUCCAGGAACUUAUUGAUGCAAAUUUUGAAGAAAAAAAUGCCCGAAACCUUAUGCUUAUUGGGAAUAGUAAUUCCAUAGUAACUCUUCAAAUGUAUCGACUUCGCCAAAAAGGUAACGAACCGGUAGUUAUUAUUGGAUCGCAAUUUGCUGACGACAUAGAUGGCGGAGAUUAUUCAUACGCAAUUCUAAAUCGUAUAAUGAUGUGUGUGGAAACAGGCAGACCUUUGAUAUUAACUGAUCUUGAGAUUAUUUAUGGCUCUCUCUAUGAUUUAUUCAAUCAAAAUUUUUUAUCAGAAGGAAAUUCGAGUGAAGAAAGAGACAAAAAGAACUUUACUAGAAUUAGUCUUGGCCCAUAUUCUAAUCCUAUGUUAUAUGCAAAAUUACCAUUAGCUGAUCCACCUCUCUUAAAUCGUUUCGAAAAGCAAAGGCUUACGCUAAAUGAAACGCUUUCAGGUUACGAAAAAGGACUCUUUGAACGUCUAAAAGAGUGGACUAGGCAAAUUUCGACAAUUGUUGAAAGUGAAGAAAAUACCAAAAUUUUGUUUAAUGAAACAGAUAUGUUUAUUGGUUUCUCUUCAGAAGAAAGUUUACAAAGUUUGGUUAUUGACCAAUGUGAAAAAAAUCCUGAUCUUGGUGAUGAUGCGAUUAUUCAUGCUUGCAAAGAAGCCUUAAUUUCAAUUGCUACUUCAGAUAGUAUCGUAAGAGCUGAUAAAUCAUAUUUAAAAAUAAGUGAUGAACAAGAAGUGAAGCAUUGGCAGCACUUUUAUUUCCAUGAUAAACGACAUAGUAGCAUUCGAGAUUUUUACCAAGCUUCAAUAAAUAACAAUUCAGAAAAACGCCUAGUGAUUAUAAAUACCUUUUCUAAUAUCAACACUGAUGUUAAAUCAUGUCUAGAAGACAUUAUAAAUUGUCAAAUAGACAAACUUUCAACUUUCAAGUCUGAAGCUGAGCUCCAAAAUCAAAUUAAACGCUUUUACGAAUCCGAUAGUAAUUUAUAUAUCUUGCAAUGUGAUCCUUUAACAGUAAAGGCGGGAUGUAUCAGAUUAGCAAAAUUUAUAAUUGAACAGUAUGAGAAUGAAUUCAUGGAAAAAUUUCAGAUAAUAAGUAAAUCAGGUAAACGCGCAUGUCUAAUUAUUCAUUUUAACCGACAGUUCGAUAAGGACAGUGCAGAUUUAUUCAAUUUUAUGUGUGGUUGGAGUCAAAUUACUAUUGAAAAAUUGGUUUCUUCAGAAGGAUCACUCCCACUAUUUCUAAAUUCAACUAUUAGUGAUAUUUUAAAUGGGGAAUUUUCAUUUGAACAAAUUUUGAAGCAAGAAUUGCUAUGGUGUUUACUUUGCGUUAAACAUCCAUCUUCAGGAAAAUCUGUAGAGCAUUUAAAACAAUUGGUACAAAAUAUUCCCAAAAGUGCGACACUCAUUAAAUGCCUAAAAAUUCGAACUGAAGAAUGGUUACAAGUUAAUUCUUCAAAUCAAUGGCAAUUAGACAUCGCAUUAAAUCAAAAAUCACUAUCUUUACAUUCUUCAUUUUCUGUGGCUCUUGAGACACACAUACGAUCUUUGAUUCGAAAGCCUAUUGCGAAAUUACUUUACAUAUUGGAUCGAUUUCAUGCGUUAACUUCCCUUUUCUCGUGGGAGAAUGAUACGAAUGAGUCGAAUGAAAAUGAAUUACUUAAUUUUUGGGAACAAAUCUUUAUGAACAAAAAAAUUAUAAACAUUGAUGACAUGCUUAUGGAUCCUCGUCCAAACUUAUAUAACAUCUCAGGAAAUUAUUUAAACCUUCGAUUCCCUUUUUCUUCGUAUUUCAUGAAACAGAUUGAUAAGCAUAAAAAACUCUAUAAUGAAGAAUUAGAUCUUCUAUAUGAGCAACUCGAAAAUUUAGAUGAGAAUGAGAAUUUACGCCCAGAAAAAUUGGAAGUAUUUCUUGAAAUAUUUUCAAAUAAUAUUCUGGCAACGAUCCCAGCUUUGACACCAGAAAUUUUGCAACUUGCUGGAAACUUGUACUUUGAAGAUUUUGUAACAACUUCAUCUACACAUUCUGGAUAUCCAAACGAAACUGAUGUAAAUUUAUUGCAGUUUCUUUUCCGCCGUUCAUGUGAUAACGAGACGUUAAACGAUCCAAUCAGAUUACACGUGUUUUGGUGGACAAAUUCUGAUGCUCUUAUUGCUGAACUAGAAUUGGCCCGAAUGUGCCCACCGUUCAUAGAACUCUUAUCUAAAAAUGAUAUCAAUAAUAAUGAGAAUGAUGGCUUUGGAAUUUAUUUAAUAGAUCAAGUAUUUACCAAUGUUUUAACAUUGAUUGCUAAUAUUGAAACAUCUUCAAAAUCAAAAGUUCUACAAUUUUUACGUAUCUGUAAUGAUUUAAUUUCAACAAAACUGAUCAAUAUUUCGGAUAUAGUCAAUGCCAUUAAUAUUAGACGUGAACCUGAUCCAGAAAACCAGGAAUUUGGUUUAGAUAAUCAAGAGCCUGGUUCAGAUAACCAAGAACCUGGUUCAGAUAACCAAGAACCUGGUUCAGAUAACCAAGGACCUAAUCCCGAUAUAAUAGGUGAAAUUAGCACUAUUAAAAUUCAACCAGAGCUCGAUUUAGAUAAUCUGGAAAAUAUACUUUCACAAAAAUUUUUUGAUCGUAUGUUGGAACUUUUUGACAAUAUUCCGUCUACAGAGCGAGUCAUAACGUCAAAAUGUUCGUUCUUUCGACGAUGUUUUGAUAUUAUUCCAUUCGAUUCACAAGUACGCAUUCACCUUUAUAAAAUAAUUUUUGGCCGAGAACCAGGUGCACUCCUUGAUUCUGUUUUAUCACGCAUUUUACUUUCCGAAGAAAGCUCUCAGCCGGGAAUUUUUGUUCAAUUAAUUCAAAAUGCAAAAGCAAUUUUAAAUCGUUCUCCAAAUUUGACUGCUAUUAAUAUCGCUCUUAGAGAAAGUGGUGUUGAUUCAUCGAUUAUGGCUUUAUGUUGUGAUGUAAUACAAAAUGACUUUUUUGCAAAAUGGGAUAUUAAGGAUCUGAUGAAGAGCUACAGAGACGCAGUCAACGUUUUAUGUAGUCCAAAUUUCGAAUUUUUGCAACUGGUCAUUGCUGUCGCUUUACUCAAAGAGCUUGUAAAUUAUCUUUGGAGUUCAUUAGAAUCUAUCCAAAACACGGAGACAGAACCUAUUAUGUUUAAUGAUGAAAUAGAAAAUAUUGAAGAAGUGAUUAAUGAAAUUAACAUAGACAUGGAACGCCCAUCACUUCUCAUUCGUUCACUCAAACUAUAUUUUCUUCGUGAUUUAUAUGUGAAAGGACUCUCAUUACAUGGAAUUAAAUGUUUUUGUGAAGUACAACGCAGGACAUUUCCAUGGUUGCAAGAUUUUGAUUGGGGUGAAAGUACCAGCAAGAUUAACUUUGUAGCUUAUCGCUGUUAUGGUCAAUACACAGAAGCAGAAGAUGCAUUUACUCCACUAUAUAAACGUGGUCAACAUAUGCAAUUCGAACAAUUUUUAGUUAGAGCUUCAAACAACUUGACAAUAAAUGCCAAAAUGUCUAUAAUUGGAAUUUUGAUCACUCGCCUUUACGAUAUACGUGCAAUACGAGAACUGAGUAUUAAUGAAGAAAAUGCAAUAACUUGGUUACGUAAUCGAUUACCAACUAUGCAAUUUGAUCAAUUUUAUAAAGAUAAAACGUUAGAACUUCUUGAGAACACAAAUCAACUUUAUAGCAUUUCUCCGGAAACGAGCCAGACAAAGUUAUUGAUUAGAUCAGUUAUUAUCCAUACUAUUGCACUUCAUUCUUGCAUUCCCGCAGCAAAUUCUCCGAUGGCCACAUAUUUACAAAAUUUGAGAGCUUGUAAAGAUACAUAUAUAUUGACAUCUCGUGUAGACACUGAUUUCCUUCUUGAACUUACAGAUGCACUUGGAAAUUUUACACGUUAUGAAUGUCAGUGCGGUUAUAAAUAUAUAGUUGGUGAAUGUGGCCGCACGGUCCAACAAAGUAAAUGCCCACGAUGUAAUAAUCGUAUUGGUGGAUUAAAUUAUGCAGUCAAUCCAGGUAACACACGUCUUGAUGCUCAUGCAGUUAAUGGAGGCAAUGAGACAAUAACCCAAUUAGGCUAUGUUUAUGAAUCUGUCGAAAGCAGAAAAUAUAUCAAUUAUCGUCUUCGUGAUUUAACGCCAGUUUUUUAUCGUAUAUUGCAUCUUUUCGUGUAUAUACUUAUUGCCGCUGCUUCAGAUGCAGAUCGGUAUGAAUUUUUUAACAAUCCACAACAGAAUAACGAAAACAACGAAAUAAUUCAAGAUCCUUUAGUUUAUUGUCAAAGUCAUAUUGAGAAUGAUUGGCAAAUAUUGAUACGUUUGUUUGAUUGCGAUGAUGAAACAUUAGCAUUUGUAUUGCAUUCAAUUUUAUAUUCUAUUUCUGAGAAUCCAAAUGAAGCAAUGAUAAGAUUAGACACAGUUGAAAAGCGACGAGCUUGGGAAAAUGAAUUUGCUCAACGUUACAUAAAUUCAAAAGUUGCUAAUGCUCGCCACACCGCAACAGAUUUUCAAAAAAUAAUUAAAGACACUCGACGCACACUCGAAAGUGAAAUUAAUGAAACCUUGGAUGUUGAUGAAAGAUAUCAACUAGAUUUUCGUCCACGAAUUUGGCGACGGAUUGGCAAAGCAAGUUUCGAAAAUUUACAAGCAUAUUGUGUAGGGUAUCCAAACUUUGCCACUGAAUUUCCAUUUCUAUCAUUAUUCUUUGAAUAUCAAGAACAAUUAACAUUGAUAAAAAAUCUAGUACCAAUUGUAAAAUUUUCAAGGAUUCUUUCUUCAAUGUUGUGCUAUAAAUUGAAAAGGAAUGAUGCACACAAUCUUACAUUUGAACGAUUUCUUAAAAACAAUGAAUCACCGGAAAAUCUUUACGAAGUUUUCGAAAAUUUUGCCAAAGCAUGGAACUCUGUAAGGGAACAUGUCGUGCAGUUUGAAUGUCAUGAAUUUACAAUGCCAAUGCCAGAAAUGAAAAGCAGCCUUCCUGUGGUUUAUGCAUUGUUUGAAAAAAGAGAUGAAUCAUUAUAUAUAUGUGGAGCAAUCGAAUUUUUAGCAAAUUUACAAAAUGAUUUCUUGCAACAGGUUUUGGCAAUUGAACCUGGUUGUCCUUCAUUGAGAUUUUUAGAAGGACAAUCUAUAAAUAAUGCACAACGUAAUUCGCCCCAGCAUCAUUACUACAUAGAAUCAUUAGCUCUCUCAGAGACACGUUCUAAAAAUAUUAUAAAUUAUGAAUGGAAUCCUAAAUUACUUUCCUAUAGUCAAUGUAAUCUUGAGCUUGGUCACGGUCAAGAACUCCAAUAUGAACUACAUAAAAUUGAAGCUGAAUUAGCAUAUUCAUUACUUUUUAAUAAAGUUCAUCUUAACAAAAAUGAAUCACUUUGGUUAGAUCUGUUUUCAUAUCACCAAGAAUUAUUUUCAACAUCUCGAACAAUUCUGAGUGAAAUCAGAGAGUUAAUUCCUCAAGAACAAAUUUCACCCGAAAUACUUGGAUUUUCCGCCACAGCAACUUAUGAUACUUCAUCCAGAUUUACUUUUAGCGGUCUAAAUGCCAUCGAUAUGGGUUCUGAUUUUGAUAAUCCCACUGAACUCUUGUCAAAACUUGAAAUUUUACUAUGUUUUUUGAAACGAAUUCCAGGAAGUCGUGAAAUGAAAAUUGUUGAAGAAAAAAUUGCAGAUGUAGAAAUUGAAUAUCUAUUAGAUAAAUAUAAAGUAAAGCUGACACAAAAUUUGAAAGAUGAAAUUAACGCAGGUGUUGAUUUUGAGCAAUCACAUGGUACAGGUGGCAGUGGUAAAAGUAAACUUAAAAUUCCACACGGAGCUUUUGCAUUAGUAUUGAAGAGGUUCAUGUUUCGAUAUUUAACAUCAGAAAUGUAUAAUCCUAAUGAGAUACUUGCAGAUUAUUUAGCUGGGGAUACUUUUAUUGAUUGUUGGCCAACUUGGGUACCUGAUAAUGUCAUUCGUGAUAAAUUUCCAAAGUCGUUAUUAGCUGCAAAUAUUUAUGAUGCGUAUCAAUAUACAAUUCAGCAAUUUCACAUAAAAUUGACAAUAAUCGACAAAAAGAGACUUUGCCAAGGAUAA